UCACCGACUGCUUUCCAGGACUCCAGCGACGAACCAGCCAGCCAGUGUCAAUGUGCGUGUGCGCUUAAGUGCGCGUGCGUGCACCGAUGCGCGUGCGUGUGUAUAUGUGUGUGUGUGGACUAGCAGCCAACACACACUUAACAUUCGUUCGCAACAUGGCGUUGAAGCGCCGAGAGACACGACGGCUCUCCCCCGACUAAUGCAACGUUAUUGUUAGGAAAGCUAGGGGAGUGUUAACCAAAGAGACCUAAACAUUCACAGAGACGGCUUUACGCACCGGCGGAGACAAUAGCGGAUUCCAACAUAUGCAUGUCGCUAUAACGGUAUAGCUGGUUGUAUAGACGUACCGCUACCCCACUGGUGGAAAUCAAAGGCUGUACAUGGCGGUGGAGAGUACAAUUUGGCUGCUCUGUCUUCUUUCGCUGUUUUGUGGUCCAUCCAAGCAAGAAAGGCCUGUUUCAGUGGAGCUGAGCUGUGGGGCUGGACCCAGCCAUGUAGUAUUGGAGCCAGGUUUGCCCCUUUUGCUGGACUGCAACCUUGGGGCCAGCGAUGCUCCUUUCAAUGUCACCUGGCUUCAGGAUGGCCAGCCUCUGCCUGUGGAGGGGAGGGACUUUCUCCAGUAUUUGCCCAAUGGAUCCCUCCUCCUGUUGCCCACUUCUAAGGAAGGACACCCUUCCCAGGGUGUGGAGGGAGGCUACAGCUGUGUGAGCGCCAGCACCCUCGGAGCACUGACCAGCCGGACUGUAAAUGUUCUGUUAGCAAGUCUGUCUAAGUUCCAUCAGGAGCCAUCACCCCUCACAGUGCCCACCGGGGGAGCUGCCCGCUUUGAGUGCCAGAUUGAGGGAGUACCCACACCUGUUAUUAUGUGGGAGAAGGACAAAGUGGCUAUCCCUCAGGAGACAAGGUUCAUUUCCCUUCCUAACGGGGUGCUCCAGAUUCUGGAGGUGACCAAGGAGGAUGAGGGUGGCUACCGCUGUGUUGUGUCCAACUCUGCCAGGAAGGACAUCAGUCAGGAAGCCAAGCUCACCAUCACCACAGGCGCUACAGAAACCCUGAACACAGUUACAAUUAUUGCACCGCCUCAGAAUGCAACAGUCGUGCUUGGCCGUCCUGCUGUGAUGGAGUGCAUGGCACAAGGGCAGCCGAAGCCACUGGUGUCUUGGAGCAGGCAAGAUGGAAAGCCCAUUUCUACUGAUGUGGUUGUCCUCGCAACAAACCUGGUGAUUAGGGACACGAGGCGUCACCAUGCUGGCAUCUAUGUCUGCCGGGCCAACAAGCCUAAGACAAGAGAAUUUGUCAUUGCUGCUGCUGAGCUGCAUGUGCCUGCCCCUCCAGUGAUCCUCCAGCCCCCAGAGACGGCAUCCCUCUCUCGGGGAAACACAGCCAGGUUUGUGUGCAACAGCUCUGGGGAGCCUCCACCUGUGCUGCACUGGCUGAAGAACGGCCAGCCCAUUAAGUCAUUCAGACGGGUGAAGAGCCAAAGCCCUGGAGUCCUGCUCAUCAACCAGCUCGCAUUAGAGGAUGCAGGCUAUUACCAGUGCAUAGCAGACAAUGGGCUGGGCACAGCCUGUGCCACUGCCAAGCUGACGGUCAUCGUGAGGGAAGGUCUGCCCAGCCCUCCUCGCCACGUGUCUGCCACACCCUACUCCAGCACAACUGCCCUACUCACCUGGGAGAAACCUGAGUACAAUGCGGACCAAAUCAUUGGCUACUCUGUACACUGUCGCGCCACAGGCUCAGAUAAUGUGGAGUACCAGUUUGCAAUGAACAAUGACACCACAGAGUACCUUGUCAAAGAGCUUCUCCCCCAUACUGCCUACAAAUUCUUUGUGGUGGCUUAUUCUCCCAUGGGUGCGAGUGACAAGUCCCAGUCUGUUACUGUAGAGAUGCUGGAGGAUGUUCCGAGUGCACCUCCUCAGCUGUCCAUAGCCAGCACCUCCCCCACAGACAUCAGGCUGAUGUGGCAUCCACUGUCCUCUCAGCAUAGCCGAGGAGCUGUCACCCGCUACCGCAUUGAGUACAGCACUCUGGAUCAGUUGGACAGUGUGUUCUCAGUUGAAGUUCUGGGUAAUGAGACUCAGUUCACACUUAGAGAGUUGCAGCCCAACCAAACCUACCGACUGAGGAUCGCAGCUGGAACAGGCGUUGGCUUUGGGGUUCCUUCUGAGUGGGCCCAGCACCAAACAUUAGCCCACUACAACCACAGCAACCACAGCAUGGUGAUCUUUGCUCCAACUGAACUGAAAGUAAAAGCCAGAGUGAAUACACUCAAUGUGACCUGGCAUCCCUCACCCAAUCACACGCUGGUCUCGGGCUACAAGCUGUCCUGCCAAGAGGUGGAGGCUGAUGAAUUAGUCCAUAGAGAAAGGACAAGACAGACUCACACCAUCAGGCUUCGUAAGAAGGCCAGGUACCAUCUCCUCACUGGGCUGGUCCCUGACCGGCAGUACGAGGUAAGAGUUUGGGCAUUCAAUAAACAGACUGAUGGAGCAGCUGCUGUGUGGAAGGGAAGGACAGACAAGGCCCCUGAAAGAACAUCGCCUACACCAUUUUGGUCCCCCCCAUUGCCCCCUCCAUUGCCCCCAAGCAGCAUUCAAGCCAUGGCCAACAGCUCCACCUCCAUCUGGCUGCGCUGGGAGAAACCACGGUUCAGCAACGUACGGAUCAUCAACUACACCGUGCGCUGCAACCCAGUGGGAACCACCAACGCUUCUUUGGUCUCCUAUCACACCAGUUCUGCUCAGGAGAUACUGCUUGGGGCAUUGAAGCCCUUCACCCGUUAUGAGCUGGCGGUGCAGUCAAAUGGUGUGGAUGUGGUGGGUCCAUUCAGCGGCACAGUGGAGGAGUCGACUCUGUCUGACCGACCCUCCACACCUCCGGAGGAGCUGCAGCUGAGCGCUCUGGACUCAACCUCUGUGCUGGUGAGCUGGCGCCCUCCGCUGGAGCCUAACGGUAUCAUCAUCAGCUACAGGAUCUUGUACAGUGGCAACCUCAGCCAGCCUGAGCACUUGUGGGAAAAUCUCUCUCAGGAUGGGAGCAUUACCAGUGUGGAGGUUCAGGGUUUGUCCAGUGGCACCCGUUACUUUUUUAAGUUGGGGGCGUCCACUGAGGUGGGGCCAGGGCCUUAUUCACCUGUAAAGGAUGUUCACACCCCACUUCCCAAAUAUGAGCUGGACGUCCAUGCAGUGACAGGCAUCAUAAUCGGUGUGUGUCUGGGACUGAUAUGCAUCCUCCUCUGUAUGUGUUUCAGCUUUCGUAAUGGCAAAUCCAGGGAAGUAUCUGGGGGUCUGAACUCCACAGCUGUGACCCUUCAGUACAGGAGAGGGGGCAGCCCCGUUCCCUCCCAUGUGCCAGAGUGCAGCGAUAGCCACGAGCUGGAGACGCUGAUGCCGCAAGACAGCCAAGAGUCUGGUCAACCGUUAGAAGAGGGCUUAGAGGAGCAAAGCCUGAUGCCAAGUGAUAAUCCAGGGGAAAGGGUGGAUGCCCCUGCACCUGAACACAAGGCUGCUUGGAAUGGCUCUGUAAGUCAUAACUGGGCCAACAGAAUCACUAGAUACAGAGACACCAUGACAGAGGACUCUCCAACUCUCAUUAAUGGAGCUGUCAACAUGCUAUUAACUGAUAACAGCACGGACUUACAGGAUCGUCUGUGCACAUCCCUGUGCAGUAACCAGGUCGAGGCAGAGGUCAUUGUUCACUCAGAGCUGUCAGACCCCGAGAGGGAGAAAGAGGAGGAGGGCAGUGAAAGGAAGAAUGAUACCAACACCACCAGAGGGCCCUUAUUAUCAGAGGGCAGAUAUUCCCUUUUAAACCAGCCAAGCCCACCAGGAGAGGAGGACACAUUAGAAAAACUAUCACAAAGUCCUUUGAGUCUUCCCUCAAUAAAGCUGGUGGCUAAUCACAAGAGGGAGUUAGACGGCAUUGGAGACCAGCUGAACACAGACCCAGAGCCACAGCCGGAGGUGGGGCUUGCCAAUGGCUUCCACUCCCCAAAGACAGUGCGUUCUGUGCUGAGGUCAGAGCAUCUGGAGAACGGGGACUCCAGACAUUGCCCUUCGGCACCAGGGAAGGCCAUCUCAGCUGGGCUGUCCCCUGCCCCUUUUGUCAGCGCCGGCCUUGUCCACUCUACCUCAGCAGCACAUAGUUACCUGUGCCCGUAACCUCUGCAUGUAGGGAAUUGACCCUUACACACAUAGACAUCAGACUGAUUUUCUUUCUUUAACAUACCCAGGAAGAAUGCCUAAGGAUUAUUUUUAGUGCGCCUCAUUACUGGAUUCCUUUCUCUUCCUUGCAUUGUUUUUAUAGGUACUUUGAAUCCAUUCUUUCAUAUAUGUGUAUAUACAGUAUACAUGUACUGUAUAUUUUCAGUGGUACAGAGUACUGUAUAUGGAUAUGCAUUCUCUAGCACUGCAACCAUAUUUUCCUCUGGGCUUUCUUUCCUGUCUUAUAGGAAAGAAAAGAAAGAUUUAACUUAACCAAGCAGAUGGAAGUGGAUUGAAGCAGGCUAUUCCUACCAUGUCAAACAUGGCUCUGUUCCACUCAGGAAUAUGAAGGCCUGGAAUGUUCUGUGAGUAUGUGAGACAGGCUAUCAUCAUGGACGGGAGGAUCGGAAGUGUUCCUCAGUGGGUCUCACUGGGCUUUGCCACGUGGACGCGAACUGAGUGGCACUGAGGAAUAAGCCUUAAAGAGUAUCUGCACACUCUGAGAGUGCAGAACACCUGUGUCUCUCUCCAGCCUCCUGCUGUCUCAGGGUCCCAGAAACACACACACACACACACACACACACACACACAAACAUAUGGCGAAACAUACUCAAGAAGCUAAAUAUAGCUGAUUCCAUGGUAUCUCACAGUCAUCCAUAAACACACAUUUGUACACACACACACAUACACUUUUCCUGACUGGAUUGUGGGGGUCUCAGGUGCUUAAUUAUUGUAGAUGCGUUUAAAAACUCUGUAUAUUUCUAUAGAUGUUUAUAUUCAUUACAAAUAUAAAACACAUGUCAGCAUGUGGGGAAAACACUUAAAAUGUAAAAAGAUUUUGAGUAUACUGAUUUGGUACACAUGAAGUAUUCUUUUCCAAAAUGCCAUAUAUCCAUGUGGUGUGAUUGUGUGAACCAGCAACUCUCAGCUGAAAAGUAAAACGUGUUUUUACUGUAUUUCAGAUUGUGGAGAUCUCAUUUUGGAAACAAAGUGUUUCCAUGCUCAUGUUGGUAUUUGUUUAAUUAUGUUGGUGGGAGAAGUAGUGGAUAUGUUACAACGACCCAUCUGUAAAUUAUUCUUCUGGUCUGGCUCCCAUUUAGGGAUGCACCAGUUUAAGACUGUGCCGUUUUUGUCAGUUUAAACUCAGUAUAAUAAUUUUUUAUGCAAAAUGCUGGUCACUUUAAUUUGAGGGAAAUUGAACUUGACUCUCCUAUCUGACUGCAGCUAUAUGAGAAAACUUCCACAAUGCUUAACUGAAAUUUCUGCAUUUAUCAGAUAAGAAAGGAGUUUGAAAAUUAAAUAAAUAUGCUCCAUUUUUUUACACUGAUCCUAAACUGUUUAACAGAAUCCUUCAAUUUUUGAUCAGACUGCUCCCCAAAAUUGACCGACAUGUGAAGUUGAGUGAGUCAGUGCUGGUUUUGGCAGUGUUGGCCAACUCUUUAUCAACAACACUACCUCAUUUCUUUUAAGGAUGGUUUCCAGUGUGGUUUUAUUGGUUUUAUGUAACUAGCACCUUUUUAAUAUCUCUUUCUUAACUUGUCUGAUUUUACACCAUUUGGUAUUUGCAGAAAUAAUCGUCCGACACUGACUGUAUGCUCUUGUGUUAUGUCAAAGAAAUUCAUGUCGCAUUGCAGCUUCCUCUCAGAUCUGCAGAAGAUUGUGUCACUCAGUAUUAUGUUAAUAUUGAACCUUUACACAAAACACAAAAACACAGUGUCUGUGAUAUGAAGCACCUUCAUCGAGCAAUUUCAUUCAGUCGCAGUUAUGGACAAUGAAAACAGACAAUGAAAACAAUAUCUCUUGCAAUUACAUACUUGUGCCACCUACAGGUAUUUUUUGGCCUUUUUACAGGUUCCUUUUGAGUGUCUGUCGGUGUUGGAUGUUUUAUGGAACACAUUUUAAAUGAUGCUGAGCUUGACAGUGCUUAUGGAUAGACCACUGGAGAGUCCAAAAUGCAGGAAACUAUCAUAGCUUGUUAGCUGUUUUGUGCCAUUCACUUUUACUUAACCUCCCUUCCCCGAGGAAAAAACUUUUCCGUAAAGGAGCAGCGAUUAGCAGACUGUUAUGAGACAGGAGUCUAUGGUAUAUAUAUAUAUAUCUUUUAAAUAAACUGUGUGAACGUGUUGUUGUUCAGUCAGCAUAUGAGCAGAGCAAAUUAAAAUUAAAUGUUCUGCCAGCAAAGAGCUUUAUUUUUCCUAUUCAGUAACAAAGAAAGAAAAACAGCAGAGAGAAGCUCUGGGAGCUGGUGAUGAUUUGAAAGGUUACUGAGUUAACUGUUAAGCCCUGUGGGUAGUCAGUAUGCCACCAAGCUUCCUUCACUCUUUGUCUGCAGGUGGCAAAAGUACAGCAGCUUUAACAUUCUUUGCCUGCAGAAGGCAGUAACUGACAUAUCUUUUACCCACGAGAAAGUCAGUUUGUGAAUUAGUUACAAGCUAGAUCCCAUUUCGCCUCACAUCGAAAAGACUAACACUGUACUUUAACUAAUAAAGGUUAUUCUGUAUGAGUGUGUGAAACUGUAGAUAAUGUCAUGUCAUACAGCUCUGUGAAUCCGAGAUAAUAGCAUGGUUGGGCUCAGUUAAUAAUAGAAAUAUUCACUUUACAGAUUGACAAAAUUAAGCAGCCCAUAGCCCUGCUGCACAUGAUGUCUCAUCUUCUCUCAGGUGGCUUUCUUCUCGUCAUCCAGCAGUUAAAAAAGGAGUGGGUGAACCACUUCUGUCCUUCCCAUGUUUCUUCUCACGCCCAUUCAAGUGUCAAAAUCUCACCAGCUCAACUCAGUCACAUCACAUCAGCAAACAGAAAUGGUUCCUCAUGACAAGUAAAAAACACCGUGAACAUGUUUCUCACCAAUGUGUUUUGUUGUGUUUCCCCUAAAAGGGAUUUUCUGAACAAAAUGCGUUGUUAUUACCUCAAAGAGACAUAUUUUUUUAGCCUUGCCAUGUAUGUACUUAACACGAUUAACAUGUUCUUACUGCAAUAGCAGUCAUAUAGGGACAGAAAUGAAUGUGUUUUUAGCAAAACCUGGGUCAAAUAUUAAUUGGAUUUUGGUGAUGAAUGAGCCACAUCAGGAGAAUUCAGAUUUUACUGCCAGUCAGUUACUGAAAUGUUUCAGAAAUACAUUCUUAUAAAACUUAAAAUUUGUAUGCCACUGACUGUACUGUGCUAUAAGUGUGUGUAAGCACACUUAAA